AUGACGCUGGAAGGCUGCAAUACUGAACUCUCAUGGAAGGUCUUUGGUCAUGCCUGCAGCAUUGCAAGAGCUCUUGGAUAUUUCUCCAUCGAUGGGAACCAUAAAGGACCCGAGGGUCAUAUCUGUCCAGCUCAGGAAUCCUCUGAACAUAGGAAUGAGGUCGAGCGAAAUCGAAUGCGAUUCGAAUUUUGGCACCUUCUCCGGACCGACUGCCUUUUUCGUAUCUCAUUCGGUAAGCCAGCGCUGCUCCCUGAAGGGUCAUGGGCGGUUAAUCUCCCUGACCCCUCGAUCACUGGCGUUGAUGAUGCAUCGACGCACUUUAUUCAAAUACACUUCCUGGCAUCGAUGCGUCUUACAUUAGUUGUCCUGAAAUACUUGGACUGGGUGAAUGCCGAAUCCGAUCAGAAUUCAGCUACAUACGAUAGUUGGCUGGACGGUCUUAUCGCCGAGGUGGAAGCAAUCUUGUCUGACUGGAACGUAGAGGAGCUCAUGAGCACAACCAAAGCUCUCAUCGACACGUGGUUCUGUGCAGACAUUCUAUUCACAAGCUACAAGAUCAUUAUCGUCCUUUCCCAGGCCAAGAAAUGCAACCGGGACAGUGACCACUUGCCACGACACACAGUAGACCUCACCAGAAAGUCUUUAAAAGUGUUUCAAUCUCUCAUGGGUUCGACGGUGCGGGCUUUCUGGGGCAUCAGUAUUCUGUUACUCCACCAAUUCAUAUUUUUCUUCCUUUUAUGUAUGGACAUAAUCGAUUGCCAAGAGACGGGAAAUAAUGAAGAAAGCCUCGCCUUAGUGGCAUGGGUCAACGAGAUUGCUGUAAAGGUAGCGGAGAAGCGGCCGGAGCUGGGACUGACUACCCUUGUGACAAGAUUAAUGACUGCUGCUUGUGAACAAGUGCAUCUGGGGCGCUAA